AUGAUGCAUCCGGCUCGACAAGCGUAUGUCGAGGAGGCGGAGGAUACAGACAUGGGCGUGGAUCUCGCCAACAUCCCUGUCGACCGUGACUAUGAGCUCCCUUCAGCUGCGGGAGGCAUCCCUCCCGAACGAGCCUCUGCGAUUUUGUCGCAGUUCGAACGCAAGCGACGCGCUGCCGCCAUGGCGGUCCCUACAGACGACAACAGGGUGCGGGCGCGACUACGAGAGCUCGGCGAACCGAUCACACUGUUUGGGGAAGGGCCGGUCGAUCGACGGGACCGACUCCGCGAGCUGCUGACUGACCUGGCGGACCGGCAGGCAGCCGCCGCCGCGGAGGGGGACGUGGAAAUGCAGGAGGCGAUCGCAGAGGCCGAGGCCGAGGCGGAAGAGGAGGAGGAAGGCGACCAUCAGGAGGAGUUCUACACAGAGGGGACACCGGAGUUGCUCCAGACCCGGCAGGCGAUAGCCCGGUUUUCGCUACCGCGAGCCCGGGCACGGGUGGCCCAGCUAAAGGAGGAUUCAACGAUCCCGCUAAGGACACACAUCAAACAUCGCAAGGCGAUCAAGGAGAAACUGCAGGGUUUCGAGCUGUACGGCUCGCAGAUUGCAGGCGACCGACCCGUCAGCAUCACACGGUUCGCUCCCGACGGCCAGACGAUCGCCGCGGGGAAUUGGGCGGGAGGCAUCAAGCUGCUUACCGUACCCAAUCUAGAGGAGAAGGCCACCCUGACCGGCCACACCGACCGCGUCGGCGGAUUGUCGUGGUUCCCCGGUGCGACGCUUCCGUCAUCCACCGUCUCCGAGUCUGCGGUCAAUCUGGCCUCCGGUGGCGGCGAAGGAACCGUCGCGCUGUGGUCUCUUAACUCGGACAAGCCGCUGUCUACACUGUCCGGACACUCGGGCCGCGUGUGCCGGUUGGAAUUCCACCCGUCCGGUCGGUACCUGGCCUCGGCCUCGUUUGACACGACCUGGCGUCUAUGGGACGUGGAGACGACGAGCGAGUUGCUGCUGCAGGAAGGCCACUCACGUGAAGUGUAUGCCGUGGCGUUCAACGGCGAUGGCUCCCUGCUUGCUAGCGGUGGGCUGGAUAGCAUCGGUCGUAUCUGGGACCUGCGGACCGGGCGCACAGUCAUGAUCCUCGAGGGCCACAUCCGCGAGAUCUACGGCCUCGACUGGGGCGCAGACGGGUACCGGGUGUUGUCCGGGUCGGGCGAUGGAUGGGUUAAGUGCUGGGAUCUGCGCCAGGUGCGCAACAUCGGCGGCAUCGGAGCACACAAGAGCGUGGUCUCCGACCUGCGGUGGUUCAAAGGGAGCGAGUCGACUUCAUUCACGAAUCUCCCAACUUCCCAACCCGCGGCCGCGGACGACAGCACCUCGGCAGCGACUACCCAGCCACGCAAAGCCGGCACCUUCUUCGUGAGCAGCGGUUUCGACAAGAACGUCAACAUCUUCAGCGCUGACGACUGGUCGCUCGUCAAGUCGCUAAGCGGCCACUCGGGCAACGUUCUCAGCACAGAUAUCAGCGACGAUGCCCGUUGGAUUGCAAGCUGUGGCCAUGACCGCACUGUCAAGCUCUGGGGGAUUGAGUGA